AUGGAUUUGCCCGACGACGACGACGCCAUGCUGAGGGCGGGUAUCGCAGCAUCACUGCGUGACGCCCAAGCCAACGCGAACCGAGAUCGCGGCCAACAGGAUCGAAAUACAGACGCAGCGUCUCAUGCUGCAGAGACCCAGCUUGUUGACCUGACACAGGAUUCUGACGAGGAACCCGACCUUCAGGAAGUCUUUCCCAAAUCAAAGUCUGUCGUAGGUUCUGAUACCGAUGACGAGGCUGAUGCGGCUCAAACCAAGGUCCCUUACGAGGCUGCCAGAGAGUCCAUCCCCAGUCGUGCCAUUAAUGUCGACGCCGAGGACGAGGAUUCCUCAGAUGAAGAGCUCAAACUUGCAAUCGCCUUAUCCCUGGGAGCAGCCGACCCUGGACGCGCGACUGAUACUCCGGUUCCUACCGAUUCUCAGAAGUCCAUCGAAAAGCCAGGUGAAACCCCAAAGCAGUCUUUUGGCAUUCUCGGCAUGGACCGGAAACAUAUGGAGGAAGAGCGUCUCGCCCGUCAACUUAAACGCAAGGCUGAAGACUCCGUCCCUGCAUCUGAUUAUGAAAGUCGUGGAUUUCCGACAAAGGCGCGUAAGAUCAACUCGGUUGCUGGACCUGAGAGUGGUGACUCGUCGCCCUUCGCGGACUCCGCUUCGUCGGCUCUUCCAACGCCUGAUAUCUGCGAUCGACCAGAUUCCAACCACCCUGACUGCAAAGUCAAGCCACUCGCGCGAUCCAUCCCGCAGUUCCCCCUCGGGGCUAUAAAGAGAACUUCGAUUGGUCACAAAGCUCGUUCCGGUGACGAAUUCACCAUUGAAGAGGUGCUACAGCGCGGGGACCUUGAGCUAGCGGUCCUCAGCUCGUUCCUGUGGGAUAUGGAAUGGCUCUUCACGAAGAUGGAUACUUUCAAUACGCGAUUUAUCCUCAUGAUGCAUGCGAAAGAAGAAAGCACAAGAAUUCAGUAUCAGGAAGAGACUGCCUCAAUGUCGAACCUGCGCCUGUGCUUCCCUCCCAUGGAUGGUCAAAUUAACUGCAUGCACUCGAAGCUCAUGUUGCUUUUCCACCCCACUUACAUGCGAAUCGCGAUCCCGACUGCCAACCUAACGUCAACUGAUUGGGGUGAGAACAACCUGAUGGAGAACACCGUUUUCGCGAUUGAUCUACCGAAGAAAGGCACCGAAUCCGGCUCCGACGAAGACAUGAAACCCCCAUUCUACAAGGAACUAGUUUAUUUUUUGAAGGCAAGCACACUGCAUGAUAACAUUAUCAAAAAGCUGGAAAACUUCGACUUCAGCAAGACUGCUCGCUAUGCAUUCGUUCACACCAUUGGCGGAACCCACAGCAGUGAGCAGGCAUGGCGACGCACUGGCUACCCUGGCCUUGGUCGUGCUGUGACAGACCUCGGUCUCCAGACUACUGAGCCUGUGGAUAUGGAUUAUGUGACAUCCUCUAUCGGCUCAUUGAACGACAACUUUGUACGUGCCAUGCACUAUGCCUGCAAGGGCGACGACGGUCUCAGCGAGUACAUACUUCGGACCCAGAAGAACCCCUUCAUGGCCCAGACGGAUGACGACACCCGACGACCCAUGCUUGAGGCCCACGCUCGUGACGAGUGGAAGGAGCAUGUUCGCGUCUACUUCCCGUCCGACUUGACGGUGCGAAAUGCUCAUGCUCAUCCCCAGAAUACCGCAGGGACAAUCUGCUUCCAAAGGAAGUGGUGGUUCGGCUCCUCUUUCCCUCGGGGUAUCCUCCGGGACUGCGAGGGCGCCAGGGAUAAGAGAAUAUUGAUGCAUAAUAAACUCAUCUUCGUUUGGCCUCAAAAAGACAUUAUCCGAGAUAACACCAAGUGCACCGCCUGGGUCUACGUCGGGAGUGCCAAUUUCUCCGAGAGUGCAUGGGGACGUCUCGUCAAGGACCGAACUACCAAAGAAGCCCGCCUGAAUUGCCGCAACUGGGAAUGCGGCGUCAUCGUGCCCAUCACUAACCCCUAUGAAGGCAUUCCCCAGCCCAAAAUUUCAUCCGAACUGUCCGUCCAGGAACAGUUCGCCGCAAUCGACCAGGACGGGCAGGAGAAGAAGUUUCCCAUUUCCGAAAUCAACGCCUUUGUCCCUGUUCCUAUGAAGGUUCCUGCCAAGGCUUACAAGGAGAAGUCGGUGACAGUUGACAAUCCCUUCGGCAGGCUCAUGGGUUCAUCUAACACAUCCGUUGCUGGCCCCAGUAGCAAACCCACAAACAACAAACCGCUUGAGCCGUGGUUCUUCAUGGGUUAG